AUGGCCGAAUUUAACGUGGACGUUACGCGGUUACCCGACGACGUUCGCGAAAAGCUCGCGGAACUGGAACUCGAGCUGUCCGAAGGCAAGUACUCUAAGUUUUUUUGCUUGUGUUGUCACCUCUUGCGGUCUUCUCGACCUGGGGUAGCACUGCUGGGGUGGUCGCCACCCCCGCACCAGGUCUUCGCCAACCCCUAUACUGACCGGAGUGAUUCAUUCCAGUCACCGGCUCGGUUUUCUGUGAAGAGAUUCUUCUAUUUCCCCCAUAAUGAAUGUCUCUUUUGA